GCUACAGUAAUUUGCCAAGGAUUGGUAAGAAAGAAAUUUUAGUUUUUUUGAAAUAGUGGGUUUUUUGAAGGAAAUAUUUGGUAAUUUAACACCACCACAUAGUCCCUUUACUGUUUGGUUGGCAGUGAAGACAACAUAUUAAUACAGUCGAUUUACUCUAUAUUUUGCACAUCCACCUGAUGGUGAUUUAUUAAGGUUAACUUUUUACCUGAUUGUCUGUUAAUUCUAUUUAUAAUUUUCGAAUGCCAAAACUGUGUUUCUUUUUUCGUUGAUGUAUAUAUUAUUGCUGUUUAUCGAAACUUUCGAGUUUACUUCUGCAUUAAAGUUUAAAUACAAUUGACUACCUGGUUACAUGCGAAUUCAUUCGAUUCAAUAUCUACUGUCGAUCACUUUACAUACACCUGUCAAGGAUUUGUUUCAAUAUUCCAUAAUCGAAAAAUCGUUCACUAUCUCUUUUUCCGUUCUAGUCUGCAUGUGAAAUCUUGGAAAAGCUUAUCCUUUAUGAGUAGUAAAGAACAUAUCAGUAAUGCGGACGAAAGCAAUGCUGCAUCAAUAGUUAUGUGUGAGUUGGAUUACCGUUCCAAUCCUGAAUCUCUGUUACAUUACCUAGCAAGCAGAGAGGCAUUACCGGACAAACGGCUUUAUGACGAAAAAACGGACGCUCAACCUUUCUCUUCAGCUGAAGCCAUAUCCAAAGGACAUGUAUAUACUUCCUGUGUAGACGAUGAACGUGGUUCUGCUGUUUUUUCUAUUAAGAAUCACCUAAGGAAUCCGAUUGCAUGUCGAAAUCUUCAUAAAUACUCAAAAGCUUUACUUUCCUCCCAAACAAGUAUUCCGUUAGGCUUACCCUAUACACAUUUUGACCCACCUCCUAGAGUUCGAUUAUCCGAGACUAGAAAAAAUGCGUGGCUUCAAGAUUUAGCGAAUGAUAAAAUUUGCUUAAGUAGCCUUUCCAAGAAGAUACCUCACGGUGUCUGGGGCAAAGAUAUAAUUCAACUUGUUCUCGAUUUUCGGGUACCCUUACCUAGAGCAGUUUGGUUUAUUCGAUGUGCCGGGAUUAAUGAAAUUAGAUCUUAUUUCAAAAAAUACCCCUGCAAUUCUCCAAAGGAUUGGGUUUUUUUAUGGACGGACGUGAUUGGCGACUUUUUAAUUGAUUUCUUCAGUAAUAAUCAGUCGAAAGACGAUAUCCAAACUUUCUCCGGUAAUUUUGUUUAUGUCAAUAGGUUAUUCGGGAGACUAUUGACUGAAAAUUUAAUUGUUCCUUCUUUGUUUAUUGCAAAGGUAAUUUCCCUAAUAUCUGAUCUUCCUUUGUAUACCUGCCCAUCAGUCAUAACUUUCCUUGAUUAUUUUUCGCUUAUAAUAAUUAGAGACACGUCGAUCACAAGAAACUGUGUAUUAGGAUUAUUGCCUGUUUUGUCGAAAUUUAACGAAUCACCGUCCAUCGAUCUAAAUAUUAAACGAAAGGUAUUGAGCAAGGCUGCUGAAUUCCUAUAUCGCCUUGCUUCUUCAAAUAAUUCUGGUUUUUACUUCCCUAAUGAAUGGGAAGACUUGUACCCUGUUUUAUCUAUCAUUUGGAAACCAAAUAAAACACACGAUUCUUUGCUUUCCAUCGUGAAUGAUCUGAACAUUCGAGCUAUUUGCAUGGUUGAUGCAUCGACUACACCGGUACGAUUUAUGCAAACACUAAGUAAUUUCAAGCCUUCUCUUAAUGCAUAUUCGUUUGCCAAGAAAAUAUUGCAUUACUCGUAUACGGAAAGUAUAACAUUCUUUUUGCGUUGGAGUAUACAUUCCAAAAAUCGAACGCCGGAACAUCGUUUUUGUAUCUUUUUAUCGGUUUUACACUUUUAUAAGGCGGAUCAUAAGUUGGCAACUAACAUAAUUUUAAAUUAUUUAUUCCAAGUUUCUUCAAUAUCGAAUGAAGAAAGUUUCAUUAUUGCCCAACUGCUAAACUACUUAUCUUUGGAAGGAUAUUUUAUGUUUUCCGGGUACGUUGCUAGGCUUGCUGCUUUAGGAUAUCUUCGAGAAUCAAUGCUAAUGGCGGAUUUCAUGGAUGUACAAAGAAAGAUAAUACUUCAUCUUCCCUUGUUUCAGUUUUCUCGGCAAGUAAGAAGCAAGUUAAAUUACAUUUUAGUACGAGGAAGCUUUAUCGUUGACUAUGAUCAGUGUAAUACUUAUGUUGAGCAGUUUCAGAAAAAUCCUUCAAGCUUUGCAUUCAAAAAAGGUGAGAGUUUUUCCAUCAUUGUCUAUACUCUUUUAAAAAGUUUUUCAAUAUGUGACGAUUCCGUUUACAGAAUUUAUAUGGCACUGUUUAAUAUGUAUCAUUACUGUAUGUUGAAAGAAUUUUUUGAUUGCGUUGUCUAUGCUUUGAACAAGCCUCACAUUCGCGCCUCGGCACUUUUACUACUUGUUAAGGCUUUUCCAAACAUUGUCAUGGAUAAGCGAAUUACGGACCGGAUUGAAAUGCUAAAACCAGAAAAUGUAAUAGAAACUUAUUUACUUCACGAGAUUAAGCACCUUUAUCAGCUGGACUUUGAUGUUGCUUCAGGAUCUGCUGAGGAUGAAUCAUUGUGUAAGCAGAUACAAGACUUAGGCGAGAGUGAAUUGUUUUUUAAAGGAGUUUUUGGUGAUGACUUUCAUUCCUUCAAAGCUUUGGUUUGCUUGUAUGAAGAAUUUUUCAAGAUCGACGAUAAUACCUUAUUAUUUUCUUUGACGAAUUCGUUGUUAAUUUUGAAAAAACACCUUGGUCUAUCAAAAAACUUUAACGAUGUUAAAUGUGAUGUCGCUGAUCUGUUACAAUACAAACAUGCAAAUUAUUCAGAAUUUAUAGUAAAAUUAUUACGGCUCUAUGGGAACAAUAUUUUGACAGUCGGAGACUUGUGGAUAAUUUUAAAUCGGUUAUUAAAAACCUACGAAGAAGACAUGAAAGGACAUAUCGUAGAUAUAUUUAUGGGUGCUAUCUUUGUUGAUGAACGGGAUUCAGAGAAGGAUCAUUUAUUUUAUUGCUUAUUAUGGGAUGCGAAAAGUUCAGAUGUCGGACUUGAAUUUUUAAAGUUUUUAAUACAGUAUUGCAGCAAAAAUGAACUGACACUAAGGUGUAUUUGGAAUAUUUUGAGAAGUCUCAAUUUCCAUGAGAUCAUUCAGGUUGUACCUGAGAAAUGGUUAUUGAGAACGAUAAUGGAAAAGUAUUUGUCUUUUCCAUUUCACGGAAUGAUUAAUGAAAGCCUGAUAAAGCACAUCUUUGAACUAGAUGAAUUUGUCACACAACUGUUUGCAGCUUGGUUAACUACACUUACAAAGGAAGAACUAAGUGACAUUUCUGAAGAUGUAAUGGAAAAUAUUUUGACAGCAGGAUUGACUGAAAAGGGACUCCAAAGUUGGCAUGUGAUAUGUUUAGGUCUUCCUAGUACUAAACAAAUUUUUCAAAGGAUCUUACUUUAUUCAGUCAAUAAGGAUUUGGAUUUGCCCUCUCAUUUUCUACCAUUUUUAUCUACGAUUACUGAAUACAUUGUACAUGAAGGACCAGAUAAGCUUUUCCUAGAACAACUGAAGACAAGGUUGCGGAGUCUUUUCUUCACGCUAAAGGAACAAGUUCUUAGUGCUGAAAUCGAGAAUGAUUCGCUUACAUCUAGAAUUAGAAGGUUUUCCAACAUAAUCCUUCAGUUUCAUAAAUAUUUAGAGGCGGAUGAAUAUGCGAAUUUUUUACGGAUUUUAUCAGCGAAAAAAUAUAUUUAUAAAAACCAAUCUCUUUUUGAAUCAAUAGCAUUCGUUAUUGACAAGGUCAAAACCCAGCCAGUUAAUGAAGAUGAGACUUUUCGUUCAUUUCAUUCCUGGACAAAUAUUGAGUGUAGGUCAUUAAGUUCAGACCUUCCAGAGGCUUUGAAAGAAUUUCAUCCUCGAAAAACGGUUAUCGAACCUUCAAUAUGGUGAGACUAAAAGCAGGUAAAUAUUUUGUUUGUAAAUAAGUUUGCUGGUAGUUUAAUUAUAAUAGACUUUUCGCUGAUUAUGGUGUGCUAUUGCUUUUGUUUUUUCGAUGAGACGAUGUUUAUAUAUUUAUUUAUAUACUAUUUGGAGACCUGACCGAUAUCUCUUUUUUAAAAAAUCUCUUUAAUUUUAGUUUUGCAUGUGUUUGAUUAUUUAAAGUUCUUUUUCUUCUAAUAUUGGCAGUGAAUGCUGACGUCUCGUUUCGAUUGAGUUGAGCUUCAUCACAUAAAUUCGGUUCCUCCAUUUUCGAAUAGGUGAAUUAAGCAUAAAAAUAAGUUUUAUAAAUGUAUAAAUGCAGAAAAAGUACAGAAUAAUGGAACCUUUCUAUUGCUUUUUUAGCACAGAUAAUGCAGAAGUAACAUAAUAGUACGAUAGGAUGAUAUUUUGGUACGUUACUUGACGUUUGUUUACGGAAAGUACAUGACAAACGAUUGAAUUUCUCGAUGGAGAUUUCUUGAUAAUAAAGGGUUUCCAGCUAUAACAAAUGAUUUAUAGGAUAAUACAGCUCUACUAGCUAUAUAGUUUUAGCUCAUGCUCCCCAGAAAAAAAUUCUCUAUUUGUUUUUGUGCUUUUCUUAUAUAUGUUAAAUCAAUUCAAUGAACACUUCGCCGAGAGGAAAAUUAUUUCAAAAGAUAUAAAUGGAUUAAGAAGUGUUUCUGUA